CUGAGUGUUUGGAGUUUUCCUGGAGAUUCUCUCCGAGGAAGCAAUUGUGAACCUUCCAAAUGGACCCAUUCGUGGAAUUAAAUCAGGCAGGAUGUACUCCUUUCAGGGGAUUCCCUACGCUGAAGCACCAGUGGGGGUAAAACGCUUCGAAGUAGUUGGAAUAAAUCGCGAAAGAUGGUCAAGUGUGAGGAAUACAACAAAAUUCACUCCUCUAUGCAUUCAAAUGCUUCAUUUGGGAUUCACUGAGGAAGCUCCCACGGUUGGUGUUGAGGAUUGUUUGUACAUGAACAUCUUCACAUCGAGCUUGGAUACCAGGAGGAAGCUUCCGGUGAUUUUUUACAUCCACACUGGAUCUUUUAUGUACGGUGGAGCUUCCUAUUUGACUCCUGGACGGUUAUUUAGGAACAAUGAGCUUGUUUUUGUCUCCUUCAACUAUCGCGUGGGUGCCAUGGGAUUCCUCAGUACGGAGAAUGAGGUUGUGCCUGGGAAUAUGGGACUAAAGGAUCAAGUGGUUGCACUUCAGUGGGUCCGAGAGAACAUUCAUCUCUUUGGGGGUGAUCCCAACUCAGUCACAUUGAGUGGAAUUUCUUCUGGAGCCGCCAGUACGCAUCUUCACUACAUGUCUCCCCUGUCGGCUGGGCUCUUUCAUCGUGGUCACUCUCAGAGUGGUUGUGCCCUCAAUCCGUGGGUUCUUGCGGAAAAUUCCGGGAAAAAGGCAAAAACACUCGCAGUGAAGUUGGGAUGCCCAACGCAGGAUACGAGGAAGAUGAUUGAGUGCAUGAAGAAGAAGCCAGCUGAGGAUGUGGUUAGAGGGGUUAAACUCUUCAUGGCAUGGCGAUAUAACCCUGUUACCCCGUUUGGGGUGGUUGUGGAGAAGAAUACCACAGGAGCCUUCCUUACGGAUCAUCCAGAAGAACUCCUGAAAGCUGGAAAAUUUGCUCAAAUCCCAUGGAUUUCGUCCACGGUGGAUUCUGAAGGACUCUUCCAUCUUGCAAGCUUGAUAGAACCAUCAUCAAACAUCAAAGAACUAAAUGAUAGAUGGGAAGAACUGGGUGCAGCUUUGCUUGAUUUCGAGGGAACAGUUCUGCCACGAGAUCAACCAAAUGUAGCGAAUUGUGUGAGAAAAUUCUACAUUCAGAAUGGAGAAAUCUCCGAAAGGAAUCUCGAGAAGAUGGAAAAAAUGUUUGGAGAUCGUCACUUUGGAGCUGGAAUUCAUCUCUGUACUCACCUUCAAGCACAGUACUCACGAGCCCCUAUCUAUCACAUGCGUUAUGCCUUUCCGGCUGUUUUUGGGGUUCACGAUGUCUUUGCUCCGGGGCACAAAUUCAAUGGAACUGGUCAUGGGGAUGACAAUAUCCUGCUCUAUGAUCACAUUCUAAGGAAGCUCCCAUUGACGAAGGACGAGGAAGAAAUGGCGAGGAUUUAUGCUGAUUUUCUCGUAAAGUAUGCAUCAGGGCAGGACCCAGAUAUGGGAGGAAUUGCUAUGAAGGCGAUCACGAAUAGGAACAACAUGGACUUCCUGCACGUGAGAUCCCCCAAGAAUAUCAAGCAGGAACGUACUCAGGGGUUUGGAAAUGGAAAAUUCUGGGAUUCUCUUCCCAUUGCUGAGAAGAGUUCAUCGAGAAAAUUAUGUUAAUCUCUCUGCUGCUGGUUUGUUGAAUUUUAAUGAAUAUUUCCAUAAAACUGUCAAGAAUAAUUCCUCAAAGUAAUAAAAUAUUGUAAAAA